AUGCUCCCGGGGCCCCGGGUUGCGGCCCCGGCGCGGGCCAUGCGCCGCCUCGGGCUCUGGCUGCUCGGAGCACUGUGGCUGCAAGCGGCCGCCCGCCGCGGACCCCUGCCCCACGUGGCGCAGUACGAGGAGGUGCGGCCCCAGCGCCUGCCAGGACCCCGGGUCCGCCGAGCUCUGCCGUCCGGCUCGAGCCUGUACCCGGAGAGUGUGAGCUACGUGAUCGGGGCCCGAGGACAGAACUUCACCCUGCACCUGCGGAAGAACAGGGACCUGCUGGCCUCGCGGUACACAGAGACCUACUCGGCUGCCAACGGCUCCCAGGUGACCGAGCCGCUGCAGGGGCAGGACCACUGCUUCUACCAGGGCCACGUGGAGGGGCACCCACUCUCUGCCGCCAGCCUCAGCACCUGUGACGGCCUCAGGGGCUUCUUCCAGGUGGGCUCCGCCGUCCGGCUGAUCGAGCCUCUGCAUGGAGGCGGGGAGGAGGGGCCGCACGCGCUCUAUGAGGCCCAGCACCUGCGGCCGGAGGCCGGGACCUGCGGGGUCAGCAACGCCAGCCUGGACAGCCUCCUGGGCCUGCGGACCUCGGCAGCCUUCCGGCCCCGGAACUGGCCGCGGUCCCAAGAGCCCCGCUACGUGGAGCUGUAUGUGGUUGCAGACUACGCAGAGUUCCAGCGGCUGAAGAGCAGAGACGCUGUGCGCAGUCGGGUGCUGGAAGUGGUGAACCACGUGGACAAGCUGUACCAGGAGCUCGGGUUCCGUGUGGUCCUCGUGGGCCUGGACAUCUGGGACGGCGGGGACAAGAUUGUGGUCAGCUCCAACCCCAGUCUCACGCUGGAGAACUUCCUGGCCUGGCGGACGAAGCACCUGGUCGGCCGGCACGCCCACGACAACGCACAGCUCCUCACUGGGGUCGACUUCAGCGGCCAGACCGUGGGGCUGGCCAAGGUGUCCACCAUGUGCUCCCGGCACUCAGGGGCUGUGAACCAGGACCACAGCGGGGACUCCGUCGGCGUGGCGUGCACCAUGGCCCACGAGAUGGGCCACAACCUGGGCAUGAACCACGACGACAACGUCCAGGGCUGCUACUGCCCCGCGGCCCCGUCUCGCCAGUGCGUCAUGGCGGCCAGCAUCAGGUCCCCGUAUCCCCAAAUGUUCAGCCACUGCAGCCGGGCCGACCUGCAGAUGUUCGUGGAAAAGCUCCCAACAACCUGCCUGGCCAACGCGCCGGACCUCGACCGCCUGGUGGGCGGCCCCAAGUGCGGGAACGGGUUUGUGGAGCGUGGGGAGCAAUGUGACUGCGGCCAGCCCCAGGACUGUCAGAACCGCUGCUGCAACGCCACCACCUGCCGGCUGGCCGAGGGGGCCGAGUGCGCCCACGGCGCCUGCUGCCACGAGUGCAAGGUGCGGCCUGCGGGCCAGCUGUGCCGCCCCCCGAAGGACGCCUGUGACCUGGAGGAGCGCUGCGACGGCCGCCAGCCGGCCUGCCCGGAGGACGCCUUCCAGGAGAACGGCACGCCCUGCGGGGGCGGCUACUGCUACAAUGGGGCCUGCCCCACGCGGGCCCAGCGGUGCCGGGACCUGUGGGGGCCAGGCAGCAGGACCGCGGCGGAGAGGUGCUACGCCUACAGCCUCCUGCCCGACUGCAACGGCGGCACCGCCCUCCACAGGGCCCAGAGGGCCCCGUGCGACGUCCUGUUCUGUGAGGGUGGGCAGGUGCCUUCGGGGCGGAGCUACUGCACCAUCUCAGGAGCUUGUCAGGCCCUUUUCCUGGACGGCGGCUCCGGGUACGAGCGUGUGCUCGAGGGCACCCAGUGCGGCGACGGGAGGGUUUGCUGGAGAGGGCAGUGCCAGGGCCUCCACGUGUACCGAUCUGAGAACUGCUCCGCCCAGUGCAGCGGCCACGGGGUGUGCAACCACAAGGGGAAGUGCCACUGCCUCCCGGGCUGGGCCCCACCGCACUGUUCGGAGCUGCUGGCAGAAGUGCGCACAGCGUCCCGGAGCCUCCUGCUGGCCGUGCUGCUGCCUGUGCUGCUCCUGGUGGCCCUGGGCCUCGCCCUGGCCGCUGUGGCCGUGCGCCGCAAGGCCGGGGGCCGCGUGCGACGGAGGCACGUGGCGCCCAAGACCAGCCUGGGGCGGUCCAACCCCCUGUUCCCCGAGGAGGGCAGCCGGCCCGCGGAGGGCGGGGCUGCGGCUCCCACCGUGGGCCCCCCCGGGCCGGUCGCCGCCACGCACACCGGCCCCGGCCAGCCCCCCAGGCCCACGGCUUCCGCGGUGACCUCGAAGCGGCCACCGCCUCCCCCUCCGGCCCCCACGUCCCACCCGCCCUUCCCAGUCCCCGUGUACACCCAGCGACCCCCAGCACAGCUCCGACCUGCUCCUCCCACCAAGCCUCUCCCAGAGCUGAAGCCCACGCAGGUGGUCAGGCCGACCUGCGUGCCCCCCAAGCCACCGGUCAAGCCCAGGGCUCAAGGGGCCAACGCUGGAGCCACUGAGGGAGCUGUUGGCCCAAAGGUUGCUCUGAAGCCCCCUGUCCAGAGGCGGUGA